AUAGUUGUGAACAGACAGACAACAAACCUGCCUUUUUCUAAUUUCAAUGUUUGCAAACGCGCGAGCUAAAAGACGUCCCAGAGCUACUUCUCCUACGCCUGCGAGAUUAACCAGUUAUGCUCCAGCUCGUGUAGAAAUCACAGAAGAACAACGACAAGAUAUCCAUGAGGCUUUCAAGUUGUUUGACUCGGACAAAGACAAUGCAAUUGAUUACCAUGAAUUGCGGGCUGCUAUGCGUGCACUAGGAUUUAAUGCAGAAAAACCAGAGGUACUUAAAAUUCUACGUGACUUUGAUAAAACUGGGAAGGGAUACCUUCAAAUGGAAGAUUUUGUUCGCGUCAUGACUGAAAAAGUUGUUGAACGGGAUCCUUUAGAAGAGAUUAAACGUGCUUUUGAGCUGUUUGACGAUGAUGAAACUGGUAAAAUUAGUAUACGGAAUCUUCGUCGCGUUGCUAAAGAGUUGAAUGAAAACAUUGAUGAUCAAGAACUAGAAGCGAUGAUUGAAGAGUUUGAUCUUGAUCAAGACGGUGAAAUUAAUGAACAGGAAUUUAUAAGUAUAAUGAUGGAUGAAGCCUAAAAUAUACACUAGCAAUCGAAUUACUGGUUUCAUUCCUCUCGGAUUCCCUAUACAACAUGGUCCAAGCGAAUAUUUUUGUCUUUCUACCUUCUCUCGUUUUCCAACUCUUUGUGCGUGGUAUAUAAUCUUUAUUUAUAUAAAACAUUAAUAGUA